AGGGUAUCUGACAGGAGUUGUACUUCUGCUGCGGAUUUCAAGCCUUACAAAUCAAAACACGUCGAUUACGUUAAUCAUAAUGCUAAUUAUUUUACCGUCUUGAUAUUAGACCUUCGGCUUUGCAGUAAUUAUGCAAAUACAAAGUAAAUACUGUCCAAUGUGCGUGCGUAACAGGAAGUUAGUCCUUACGAAACGGGUCAGCCAGUUCCUCUUGUUUUUUUAGUUUCUGGAUCUAACAAGGGCUGAAACAAGCUGGACUGCUCGCAUCAACUUUGUAAACCAAUAAAUGUUAAAACACAGCUUAUGAGGAAUUAUCGUAAUUGUAGUGCUAACAUUUUCUAGCGCUGGGAACUGGACCAAAGCAGUAAAAAUAAAAUAUGGGAUGUAAAAAAUCCAAGCUGAUAGGCGAUCAGAAGGGAGAUACAUUUGAUCUGAAGAAACAGCAACCAGUACGUACUGACCGAACUAUAGAUGUGAGGGAUCCAACGUCCAAUAAGCAACAGAACACAUCAUCUCAAGAGAGUCAACUACUGCCAGGCCAGAGAUUCCUGAAGUUGGGAGAAGAGUCUGAACCUGGGAAGAUCGUAAUCGCCCUGUACCCAUAUGAAGGUGUCCAUGAUAAUGAUCUGGGAUUCAAGAAAGGAGAAAAACUGCGAGUUAUUGAGGAGUGUGGAGAAUGGUGGAAAGCCGUGUCUCUUACAAGCAAGAAGGAAGGGUUUAUUCCCAGCAACUACGUGGCACAAGUGAACACAUUGGAAACAGAGGAAUGGUUCUUCAAAGAUAUCACAAGGAAAGAUGCUGAGAGGCAACUUCUAGCACCAAUAAAUAAACUGGGGGCAUUCCUUAUUCGAGAAAGUGAAACUUCAAAAGGUAGCUAUUCACUGUCCAUCAGAGACGUUGACCAGCAGGGAAUGAGUGUGAUCAAGCAUUACAAGAUCCGAAGUCUGGACAAUGGUGGCUAUUACAUCUCCCCAAAAAUUACAUUUCCUGACAUUCCUCAAAUGCUGAAGCAUUAUCAUAAACAAUCAGAUGGUCUAUGUCGAUGCCUGGACAAGCCGUGUUCCAAACCCAAGGCCCAGAUGCCAUGGGAUAAAGAUGCCUGGGAGAUUUCCAAAGAAUCUAUCAAAAUGCUGAAGAAACUGGGAGCAGGGCAGUUUGGGGAAGUGUGGUUGGCUUACUACAACAACUCUACUAAAGUGGCCGUGAAAACCCUGAAACCAGGCACCAUGUCAGCGCAGGCUUUCCUCGAAGAAGCCAACCUGAUGAAAGCCCUUCAGCAUGACAGACUGGUGAGGCUGUACGCUGUGGUCACCAAGGUGGAGCCCAUUUACAUCAUCACUGAAUUCAUGGCAAAUGGUAGUUUGUUAGAUUUCCUAAAAAGCGAAGAAGGCAACAAGCUACUAUUACCAAAGUUAAUUGAUUUUUCAGCUCAGAUUGCAGAGGGUAUGGCUUACAUUGAAAAAAAGAACUACAUACAUCGUGAUCUGAGAGCAGCAAAUGUCCUUGUUUCAGAGUCACUGUUAUGCAAAAUUGCUGACUUUGGUUUAGCGAGAGUCAUUGAGGAUGAUCAGUACACAGCCCGAGAAGGUGCAAAGUUCCCAAUAAAGUGGACUGCUCCGGAGGCUAUUAACUAUGGAUCAUUCACUAUCAAGUCAGACAUGUGGUCCUUUGGAAUUCUCCUUUAUGAAAUUGUUACAUAUGGAAAAAAUCCAUAUCCAGGAAUGAGCAACGCCGAUGUGAUGAAUUCAGUCCAGCGUGGUUAUCGGAUGCCUUCUCCUGAUAAGUGUCCACCGGAGCUUUAUGACAUCAUGACUUCCUGUUGGAAGAGCAAACCUGAGGACAGACCCACAUUUGACUAUUUGCAGAGCGUGCUGGACGACUUCUACACUGCAACUGAAGAACAAUAUCAACAGCAACCUUAAGAGAAAGGAGAAACUUUUAUUGUUGUGACUGCUUGAAACGAUUUUAAUGAUACGCCCAUGUAAAAUGACGAUGAUAUGGUUAAUGUACAUUCAUGUAUUCAUCCUUCACUAGCAUCUUGAAUCCCCACCCCUGCAUGUCUGGCGCAUUGGGCCCAAAUUUACGGCAAGGAAUAGUUUUUGAAGGACAGUGGAAAUUUUACACUGCUUAAAAACGUGGAUGGCCACUGUUUGGAAGACUUUCAGAAACAAGGAGAUGGCCAGGGGCUUCUGAUUCAUAAUGCUAUAAUGAUGAAAACAUUAAGCCUGUUGUGCUUACAAAAUAAAACAAUUAAAUGUUUGAAACAGGCGAUUUGUAGUGAAG